GCGUUUCCACCCAUAUUCCGACGUACGCGUGUAAACUGACUGACAGUGCAAGAGGCGUUGUUUGUCGGAAUAGAGGUGGGAAGAAGUAAGGCAGCCGUGGAAAGAGUGGAGAACAGUGAAGUGAACGGAGAGGCCGAGGUCCGUUCGCAUCAUCUCCUAAAACAACGGCUGUGGCUGGUGGGAUGUGAAAGGCAGCAUGAGCGUGAAGGCCUUCGAGCUGGUGCCCGCUGUGGAUCGGGAGCAGUUGGCUGGCGAGAAGAAGCAUGUCGGUGUUGAGUGCAUCGAAUGCUGUGGCCAGCACCUGUACGUGGGCACCAAUGAUGGCUUCAUCCAUCACUUCCUGUUGGAGGAGCGCACCACAGCUAAGGGCUUUCUGUCCUUCAGCUCACAGAAGCUCCUACACAAACAGCUAGGCCUCAAAAAGCCGCCAUCUGUGCUAAAAGCUGCCUCGGCCCUGGAGCGCCUCAUCGUCUUGUGCGACGGUGUCAUCUUGCUGGUGGAUAUGGUCACGCUGGAACCUGUGGCGUCUGGAGGGACCAAACUUAAAGGCGUUACAGUGUUCUGUGUUAACGAGAACCCGGUGAGAGCCGAGCCUUUCUGUGUGGAGAUGGCGGUGGCGUCUGUGCGGCGCCGUGCUGUACACAUUUGCACUGUGCAUGAGGACCGUGUCCAGAUCCUGAAGGAAGUAGCCACUCCCGAUCAGCCAUGCGAUCUCAGUGUGGACGGCUACUUCCUGUGCCUGGCACUUCCCACACGGUAUGUGAUUCUGAACUACAGCUCGGGGGCAUCGCAGGACCUAUUCCCCUACGACAGCGAGGAGAGGAAGCCCAUUGUCAAAAGGAUUGGCAGGGAAGAGUUUCUCCUGGCUGCACCAGGUGGCCUCGGGAUGUUUGCUAACGCUGAGGGCAUCUCCCAGCGUGCCCCAGUCAAGUGGUCGGAGAACGUGAUUGGUGCAGCUGUGUGUUUCCCGUACGUGGUGGCUCUGGAUGAGGGCUUCAUAACGGUUCACAGCAUGCUGGAUCAGCAGCUCAAACAGACAGUCUCCUUCAGAGAAGGACACAUCCUACAGGACUUUGAAGGAAAAGUGUUGUUGGCUUCCACAAAAGCAGUGUAUGUGCUGGUGCCUCUGCCUCUGGAACGACAGAUCCAGGACCUUUUGGCAGGACAUCGAGUGGAGGAGGCACUGACCCUGACCGAAGGUGCACAGAGAAACAUUCCUAAAGACAAGUUUCAGAUAUUGCACAGAAGGAUUCUCCAGCAGGCAGGAUUCAUCCAGUUCGGCCAGCUUCAGUUUGCUGAAGCUAAAGAGCAUUUUAGGAAGGGACAGCUAGACGUCCGUGAGCUGAUCUCACUUUGCCCGCUGCUGCUGCCUGCCUCAUCGUCCUUCACACGGUGUCAUCCGCCACUGCACGAGUUCGCCGAUCUUAACCAUCUGGCGCAGGGAGAUCAGGAGAAGGUGCAACGCUGCAAGCGCUUCCUUAUCAGCUACCUGCGUGAGGUGCGUGCCAGCGAAAGUGCCAAUGGAUUCAGGCAGGAUGUGGACACUGCGCUGCUGAAGCUCUAUGCCGAGUCGGGUCACAAGGGCUUGCUGGAGCUGCUGGACUCCGACAACUCUUGCCUGCUGGCCGACAGCGCACCCUGGUUGGAGAAACACCACAGGUACUUUGCACUCGGGCUCCUGUAUCACUAUAACGGCCAGGAUGGCGCUGCUCUACAGUUGUGGGUUCAAGUUGUUAAUGGGGACCUCCAAGACUCCACACAUGCUGAUCUGUUUGAGUAUGUUGUGGACUUUCUGUGCUCCUGCAAGAACCUGGACCUUGUAAUGAAGUAUGCAGACUGGGCCUUACAGAAGGAUCAGAAGCUUGGAGUGCGGAUCUUCACUAAGAGACCUCCUUCUAAAGAGCCAGCCAGGCAGCUGAAUCCAGACAACGUGAUCACAUAUCUACAGAAGCACAACCAGGCUCUAAUUUUGUACCUGGAACACUUGGUUCUAGAGAGGAGGAUACAGAAAGAGAAGUACCACACACACCUAGCCGUGCUGUAUGCCGACCGAGUGCUCACUCUCAUCUCUCGAACCUCAACCACAGAGGAGCAGCUCUCUUCAGCUCGACAGAAACUGCAGAGAUUGCUGAGAGAGUCCAACCUCUACAGAGUCCAGCUGCUACUGGGAAAACUGCAGGACUCGGAGCUGCUGUUAAUGGAGAGAGCGACACUACAUGGUAAGCUGGAGGAACACGAUAAAGCACUACAUAUCAUGGUGCACCAGCUGAAGAACUCCACAGCUGCACAGGAAUACUGCACAUGGGCAUCUGAGGCUCAUGAUCACAAAAACCGUGGGGAAAUUUUCCAUCAGCUGCUGCGAGUUUACUUGGACCCGGACGUGCCUGGAGGGCCGCAGACUGUGGAGGCUGUAGACUUGCUGAACCGCCACGCUGAGGUUUUUGAUGCCACGAAGGUUUUGGAACUUCUUCCUGAGGCAUGGUCGCUACCAUUGCUCCGCCCCUUCCUGUGCGGGGCUGUGAGGGCCAGCAUGCAUGCUCGCCACACCUCCCAGAUCGCACUGGGGCUUGCACGAGCUGAGAACCUGCAGCUACACCGUGACAGGCUGAAGUAUCGAGGAGGUCCGAUCGUCGUGUCGGAAAAAAAGGGAUGCCGCCUGUGCCACAACACUUUCAGCGAGCCAGACUGCGUGUGCCUACCAGGUGGCACGCCCGUCCACACACACUGUGCCACCCAGAAGCUUAAGAGCUCGCCGUCGCAGCGAAAAGCAGACCACGCCCACACCAGCAAUCACACAUGAGCGUUGCAGGAAGUGGAACGCACUGCAGGGGGAUUCUGCUGGUCCUGGGCCUGGAGAGCUGAGACAGGCACAGGAAGAGAAAGAGGGGGAGCAAAGAACGAGUGCAGAGACGUCGCACAUCUAGAACGAGAACAUUCAGAGCAGUUCAGAGUCUGGAUACAGAGAUGAGUUGAAGCAUGUUUGGCCUGAGAGAAAGACAGAAUUUUUAUUUGCGAGAAACUGAGAUACAUAUGAAAUGAAGCUAUUUAUUCAUGUUCCUCGCCUUACAGUUUUUUCAUUAAGAACACAGAUUGUGUUUAACUGGGAGAGUUUUUUUUUUUCUUCAAUAUAUAUAAAAGAGUUAGUGAGUCACAGUCAGCAAGUCUGUUAUGCUAUAUUGUUAUAACACUAACAGAAGGUUUUGCUGGUAAUUAUACUCAUACUUUCUGAUCUAAUACGGAUCAUCGGAUCAUUACAAGGUGAUCAAACUCUCUGAGGUGGAUGGUUUUCUAUAAGCAAAAUCCACGCGGUUAUACUUGACAGAUAAGAACGGAUUUUACUUUAUAUUUUUACACCAAAGUUGCUCUUUCCGUCUGUUCCGACAGGGAAACGGUCCUUUACAAAACAUGUAUCCUUCUGUCCGAAUUUAAAUAAAAACAACAAAAGUAUAUAGAUUUUUAAUUUCAUAGUUAGAUUUUCGAAUGAAAGCGAAUCAUGAACAUGCUUAAGCUAGAUUAUUAAUAUUUAGAUAUUAGGGGUAAAGCACCACAACCCUGACCAGGCAGUUAGAUUGUAAAAGCAUCACGUUUGAAUUUUAAUCCGUUUGUUCUUUCUUUGCUUUUCCACCUCUAAGAAAGUGAAAGUUUCCCAUCAGUGUUCCACAAAUCAAGAGCCCACGAACCACAUUUGUCAUUUCUUAAACUUACGUUAAUGGAAUUUUCGAACGUGGAUAUUCAAAAAUAAAUGAUUUAAUUGCCGGUCUCUAGCUAGUUUACACUGAACACACCUCCUCUGAGAAAUGUGAAGCCACUGCAUCUUUUUAAUACUCAUGCUACAUAACAGGACAGUUUAACACACACACACCAGAGAACUGUCCUCCCACGAUUGUGUGUUCUGUCCAAACGAAUUGCAGAUAUGCAUAAGCACAUUUCUCAUCGAGUCCUUCGUUUGAGCCGUGAGUCUUCUAAUGCUAAACUGUGACUAAUCUUUUUUUUUUUUUUUUUUUUAAAGGUAUUGAAUAUCAUAACGAAUGCAACAGAGGUCUUGCGAGAUUAUGCCUUGCGCUCUACUAACUGCAGUAUGUUUCCGAAUAUAUUUUGUGACCUGCGUAUGUAGAUUGGGAAUGCAUGGGUGCUUCUGAAGAAGAGAGAGAAAACGUGUAAGAGACUGGGAGUGAGAGCGACGAGGACGACGCCCCUGGCCAAGACUCGUUCUAAAACCUCAAGCACAGUAUAACCACUGCCUACAAUGUUAAUACACAGAUCAAUACAUGGGCAGGAACCAAAGACAUGCACCUGCUCAUGGAGAGACACUGACACCUGCUUAUGGACUGCUUCAGGCUCAGCUUUUAUUGGAUGUAAACAUUUGCAGAUUUCACCGUACAAAAAAUGGAGAAAAAAAAAAAAUAAAUAGUGUUAUGCAUAGACAACCGGACAAAAAACUUUCACACUUUUAACGUCAAAUCUGUUCGAUUGUUUUGACAAUGUCUAAUAUCCGGGGCCGGGUUUUUUCAGAAACACUCUAGCGAUACGAUUAUCUUAUCUCUUAGAACGAAGACAGCUUGUUUUUGGGAAACCCGACCCCGAACGUCGUCAUGCAACACGUAACCUGGUCUAACAUGUACAUGUAACUCUCGAAAUCUCUCUCACUCCUGCAGACGGGAUCAGUCUGCAUCUUUCUAUCCACUCGACUAUUUUCUAAAUGCAUAUCUACUCGUGUAAAUACUGUAUUUAUAAUUGUCUGUCGCUUUGUAAAUCGAUGGCCGUGUAGUUGGAAUGUACAAAUGUAAAGAUGUCCAUUUUAAUAAACAUGACUGCUAAAAAUGUUAA